UUUGGAGACUAGUCCAGCUCGCCUGCAUUCCUCCUCUCUCAAAAAGCCUGCCCGAUAGAGACAGAGAAAGGAAAAAGGGGGGGAGAAAACACCAAUUAUAAUUUUCAACCGCGUUGGAUUUUCAUGAAGCACGGAGCCGACUCACAGCGGACACACCGACCAGACAAAACCACGAAUAAAUACCCACGUCGAGGCUGCUCCUAUGGACCUACAAUAACCACAAAAAAAGGCGUGUUUUUCCUUUUAUAAAAACGGGACUUUGGCGUUGAUGUGCCUCUGUAGGUCAGCUACCGAAAAGCAGCUUAGGUGAAACAGCCUUUCCACGGCGGAUAUCUUCCUUUUUUUUUUAAAUGAGGAUUUGCAAGAUGGCUGAUGACAGCUACCCCUAACAAGGACAGAAAAGUGACGUCCCCUUUAAGAUUAGCAGGGUAUAUUUUUGUAUUUAUAUUCGUUUGACGCGUAAAUAUGGCUGCUUUUUAAAGAUAAUGACUGUGGCUUAUAUUAGCAGCGACCGUCCUUGUCGGAAAAUAUGUGCCAGUCUAGUGUUUAUCUGUACCUGAGCUGGGGUAGAAAAUGGUGAGGUGACGUCUGAGGUAAUUUACAAAAUUUAAUCGAGAUAAGGAAGUAGAAAAAAAAUGUGUUGUUGGCUAAAGGCCGAGGCAACGAUAGGUGAAUAAGUUGGAGAGCAAAGUCAAAACAGGCCGGAUCUGGAUAUAAAUAAAUAAAAACCAUUGGGUCAGGAGAUAUUUGAUAGAUGUGUCGGGGUAGAGAAACCAAAAGGCUCUGCAACAGCAGCCAACAUUCCUGCGGAUCCUAAAACCCUUUGUUUUGUGCGCAGGAGCUGGACUCGACUAUUAAAACGAUUAACUAUGCAGUAAACAGGCUCGAAAUGAUGGCCCGGGUAUGAUUUGCUGUUUAAUGAGAUUAUACGGCCUUUGUUGUCGACAGAAAACUGGUAGAAAAGCCGGGGCCUUGUGUACAGAUAUGCGAGCUGUGCCACAUAGCAAGCGUUAUUCAUCAAAUACAAAUGUUGCGUUUAUGUCAAAUUGAAAGCCUUGAGGUACUUGUGUUAUUAAUCUGACCUGUAAAAAAAAAAAAAAAAAAGCAUUUCUUGUCUACUGCCAAACUGUCGCUGGUUGUAUGGAUGAUUAAAUUGCAGGUGGAGGCUCCUCGGAUACUUAUUUAUGAUUCAGCGGACAAAAGCAUUGCGCCGCGUUGUGAUUAUUGAGGGAAUCAAGCGCCCUUGAGGUCCUGAUAAAAACAAAACAAGAUUCAGGUUUUAAAAGCCCUCCGUGUGUGAAUAGUAAUCAGGGUGUGGGCUGUCCUUUUUCUCGUGGUUUUCAUGCUUCAGUUGCUGGUGUGAAUUGGCCCACAGUCAAUCAUAAUCCGACGUUGAAGUGAAGGAAGCUCUCAAGGUGUUGUCAUCCUUGCCUGAAGCCCUCUCUGGUCAAUUCUCUGGAAUUUGCCUUUAUGCUGCUGCAAUAAGCAAUACUCGGCGCCUGUCAGGGAGACUCGUCUAAUUUUGGUCACAAGGGUUGAAACACACAGAGUGAUCUUUCAGGACAGCAUCGGGUCUGUUUUUAUCUUCUUUUUUUUUUUUUUUUUUUCUCAAGACUCAUUUUUGGGAGUGUCAGGUUUCCUGUGAGGACAGAGGGGCCUAGAGGUCUGGUACAAGUGGAAAGCAGUUAGUGUAUGCCUGCCCACACCAUGAUGGCCUCUGACAUGGCUGAGACGUGGAGGAACUGUUUUGAGGAGGAGCUCAUCUGCCCCAUCUGCCUGCACGUGUUCUCAGAUCCCAUCCAGCUGCCCUGCAAGCACAACUUCUGCCGGGGCUGCAUCAGCGAGGCCUGGGCCAAAGACUCGACGUUGGCCCGCUGCCCUGAGUGCAAUCAUGCUUACACGCAGAAGCCUAGCCUGGAGAAGAACCACAAACUGUCCAACAUAGUUGAGAAGUACAACGCCCUGAGUGUGGAGAAGGCGACCACGCCGGCGCUGCAGUGCAUCCUAUGCCGCCGGGGCCCGCCACUCCCUGCUGUGAAAGUCUGCCUGCGCUGCAACGCCCCGUGCUGCCAUUCCCACGUCCAGACGCACCUGCAGCAGCCGUGCUCGGCCCUCGGGCACCUGUUGGUAGAGGCCGAGGCGGUGAAGGCCUGGACCUGCCUGCAGCACGACGAGUACAGGCUGUACCACUGCGAGGCCGAGCAAACAGCCGUGUGUCAGUACUGCUGCUUCGCCCGCUGCCACCCCAGCCACGGCCACGCAGUCACCGACGUGGAGCUGCGACGCAACGACAUCAGACAAAGCCUGUUAAGACAGCAGGAGCGCGUGGAGGAACGAGUGCAAGAGAUCGAAGAACAGCUCUGCAAACUGGACUCUGACAAGUGUGUGGUGGAGGACAGAGUGUGUGAGCUGAAAGAGGAGGUGCGUCUGCAGUACCAGCGGAUGCACCAGCUCCUGGAGGAGGAUCUCGGUCGGACAUUGGAGGCUCUGGACCGCGCUCAGGCUCGGUUCUGCCAGGAGAACGCUGCCCAGGUCUUGGCUCUGGGGGAGCAGCGCCACGAGGCCCAGAAGCUGCUGAGCUCCAUCCACACGGCCUUCAGUAAGGCAGAGGAGCUGAGUUUCAUGAAAAACACCAAGCCAGUUAAAAUUCUCACAGACAGGUCUCAGGCAUGUGUGGGCAGCAGUCUCCCUCCUUACAAAGUGGGGAAUCUAAACUCUAAACUAUUCCUCUCUGAAAUCUCAAAAAGAGAGAAGAGCUUGAAGAGAACGCUGGAAGCUCCCCUCACCCCUCCCUCGACCUUCCUGCAGUCUGUUCCUGCGUAUCCCAGCGGUCAGAGCUCUGGCUCUGGAGCAGAGAAACGGAAACAUUCCACUGCCUUCCCAGAGGGAAACGGGAACGUCGGAAAAAACGCUGCUCCAGGUUUCAAGGACUCCUCCUCCUCCUCCUCCUCAUCUUCUUCCUCAUCAUUAGCCAAACAGCCCUACCUGGGCUCUGGCUCUGCCUCUGGAGAAGGCCAGUCUACCAAUCAGCAGCCUCUCGGCCCCUGCGGCCCGCCUCACAUCAGCGAGAGCGGCGGGACAGGAAGUGGGAGCGGCUCUCUGACCAAUCACCAUUCAGGCUCUGUGUUCGGCUCCUCACACUUUCCUCCUGGAGGCAGCAGUUCCUCACACUCCUCCCAGCAGGCCGUGCUGCCACAAUAUGGCGGCCGUAAGAUCCUGGUGUGUACGAUGGAUAACUGCUACUGCUCCGGAGUGCCCUCAGUGUCGGGCCACCGCAGCCAUCCUCCGUACCCACGCUCUGGCUCUUUCCCCUGGGUCAGCACCCAAGACUACCCCCCUCCUCCCGGCCUGGCCUCUGGAGGUCCGUCCAUGCAGGGCUUGGCAGUGAGGGACUGGAUAGACGCCUCGCAGACACACAGACAUGCAGAUUUUUACGGGCUGUAUGGGCAACCAUCUACAAAGCACUAUGUCACCAGUUAACAGAGUAGAGACACACACACACACACACACACACACACACACACACACACACUUGGAUAUAGAGACAGGCACCGAAAUAGCACACCUUUACCGUCUUAUUAACUGGAGAAAAAAAACACAUUGCAGUUAUACUAUACACACAUUAAAAUAUUAAAAUUCAUACACACUCACAGACAGAUCUAGAAGAUGUAUACACAUUCGGGGGCAGGGUUGAUCUCUUUGUGUUUUUAUUUUCUUUACUUUCAGUCAGUGUUUCAUGUAGUGUAUUAUACGUAAAAUGCAUAAACAGCCAACCGCUCACUCUGGCACAACUUAGCUCAGCAUUUUACACAAACAAGAAAUAACAAGUUGAGGAGCAGAGUAAGACGUGCAUCUUUUUAUUUAUAGAGCAGGAGAUGGAUUGAUAGAAAAUGAACUUUUAUUAGAAAACCUUCUCAUGCCUCUUCAUGGCUUCUCACUGGCGCUAAAGGGAAAAGAGAUAAUACUGUGCAGUGUUGACCUUUCCAGUUUAGCGCCUCGUGUGUCUGAUAUAAUCACCCCUUCCAGUUGUGCUGAGGUCAGUUGCCUUAUGGUAUUAGCAUCAUAUUUUUCUCCGCCCAGCUCACGCUGUUUGAUAGAUCCUUUUAAAGAGGGACUGCGGCCCCUUUGUGUCUCUCUUGAUUUUUAUCAUCAUGGCACCUCUUUCUUUCUUUGCUGAGUUCAGGGAUGGAUCGUACGGCUUGAACACAAAAUGCUCUUCCAUGGAACACCCGCAAUGCACUUGUGGAUGCCUUGUUAUGCCUGGACUACAGAUGCUGACAUGCAGAGGGACACUAGAGCUGCAUCCGAAGAGGGCCAGUUGACCGAGGCCCUCAGGGUUUUGCAAAUGUGUCCUUUAUUCCUAGCACUCCCUUCCUGCUACCAGGCUUCCCACAGGACAGAACAUCCUCUGACAAAGACUGUUUCCAUUUAGUAAUUACUAUGACUUUGUGUUAUUUGGUACAUCUGUUGGUUUCAUGCCUGUCUAUAGAGACUCUUUGAUUUUAGAGAAAAGGGCAAGACUGGACGGACCAAACCAAUCAAGCAUCUGGAGGAUCUGAUGAUGCUGUAAUUGUACUUCCUGCAGGGCAAAGAUGUCACUUCCUCUCAAUAAGCACAUGAGCUCUUGGCUUCCUGUUUGCAGCUGAAAGCCUGCAAGGAAGAGUUUUUUUUUAAGCACUCAAAAGAAGAACAAUGGGAAGAAAACAUGUAUGCAGAAAAGAAGGGUGGUAGGACUUUUUUUCAUGAACUUUUUCUAAAAGAACAAGACUGGACUGUGAGAUGUAAGCAAUUGUCAUCAUCCUAAAAAGGAGCUGUUACAAGACUCAGCAUAAAGAGGAAAAAAACAACAUGAAAGUAUCUUUUUUUUUUUCUUUUUUUUUCUUUUUUUUUUGUAAAUAUUUUGUGAAAUGGAAAAAUUACGUGAUUUGGAGGAGGGUUCCAAAUAAACGAACCAAUUUAAACCAGUCUCUGCUGUCAACUCUGUAUGUGCAAAUCUGUUUUCUCAUGUUCGUUUAAAGUAUAAGGCUGGCAAUAUUCUAUAUAUUUUUGUUAUUUUCAAUAAAUCCCAUUUAAAAAACCAAAA